ACACUGUAUACUCUACUAUUUGUUUAGUUAAAAAUGGCCCAUAAGCAGAGCAAGAGCAAUGAGACAUCCAAUGGCUCGACCACUGAAAUAAUUGACGAAACCGAUUCCCGUGCUCAAUUGGAAUCGGGCCGGACCACACCCACUCUUCUGUUGCGCCUGGAACAUCCGCGGAACGAACGCCGGGUGGCCUUUCACGCUGGGAUCAUCGACAACGAGCAUUUGAAUCGCAAGAAGUCCAAAUGCUGCUGCAUUUACAAGAAACCUCUCGCGUUCGGCGAGAGCUCCUCUGAGGAUGACGAAGACUGUGAGCACUGCUUUGGGCAUCCGGAAAAGCGUCAGAGAAACGCAAAACACAAUCACGAUCACGGGGACAAACCAUGCACGGAAGCGUCGCAUCCGGACGGACCUUCGACAUCAUCGCAGGCCGUGGACAGCAGUCAACCGCCAGCCGAGCCUGUUGAAUCCCAGGCCGAUCCGAAACCACCUACCCCAGGUGUUGACUUUGAGCAGACGGGCAGCUCGUAGAAUGUACUCCAAUUUAAAUAUGUAUAAUUAUAAACGUUAACAACAUGGAACCAACUAGCAAGCA